AUGUCAUCUUCCUCUUCAACUUCCACUGCAGCUUCGGCAACUAUCGCAUCUAUCAACGAAGAGAUACUCUCACUUCAAAAUCGAAUUAAAGAAUUAAAAGUAUCAAAACAAGAUGCAUCAAAAGAAGUGAUUUCCAUGAAAUCAUUAAAAGAGCAACUCAAAACUUUGACAAAAGAUAAAGAUACCACUACCUCUGGUCCUACCGGAUCUGGAUCUUCUUCUUCCAACUCAAACUUCGUGUUGAAGACGCCCAAAGGAACGACAGAUCAUAAACCAGAAGCAGCACUAUUGAGGAAAAAAAUAUUUUCAACAUUGGAAAACGUUUUUUUGAAACAUGACGUAUCAACUAUUGACACACCUGUUUUUGAAUUAAAAGAUAUUUUGGCUGGCAAAUACGGUGAAGAUUCUAAAUUGAUUUAUGAUUUAAGUGAUCAAGGUGGUGAAUUAUGUAGUUUAAGAUAUGAUUUAACUGUUCCAUUCGCAAGGUAUCUAGCUAUGAACGGUAUAUCAUCAAUGAAAAGAUAUCAUAUUGGUAAAGUCUAUAGAAGGGAUCAACCAGUCAUGACAAAAGGUCGAAUGAGGGAAUUUUAUCAAUGUGAUAUCGAUAUCGCCGGAUCUUGUGAUCCAAUGGUAUACGAUUCUGAAAUACUCAAAAUCCUGUGUGAAGCUUUGACAGCUUUAGAUAUCGGCCAAUAUACCGUCAAAAUCAACCAUAGAAAGAUUCUAGAUGGUAUAUUCCAAUUAGCAGGUGUACCUGCUGAUAAAACCAGAUCAAUCUCUUCUGCAGUUGACAAGCUUGACAAGUUACCAUGGGCAGACGUAAAGAAAGAAAUGACCGUUGAAAAAGGAUUAGAUGAGAAAGUAGCUGAUAAGAUUGGACAAUACGUUGGAUUCAAAGGCCCAGGAUAUGACGUUCUUGGAAAACUUGAAUCAGAUCCUGAGCUUAUGGCUGUCCCAUUAGCUAAACAGGGUAUAGACGAUAUGGAGAUCCUGUUUAGGUAUUUGACAGUUUACAAAGUACUAGACAAAAUGUCGUUCGAUAUGUCCUUAGCUAGAGGAUUAGAUUAUUACACUGGUAUAAUUUAUGAAGCGAUUCAUGAAUCUUCCGCACCACCUUCUAAAUCCGUCAACCCAUCUGUCCCUCCUCCAAGUGAAAUCACUACUUCAUCCGGCAGUGGAAAAUCGGCCAAGAAAUCAUCUAGCAACGAUAAGAAUGUCAACGAAGAUGGAAUCGACGAAUCGACCGUUGGGGUGGGAAGUAUAGCAGCAGGAGGAAGAUAUGAUAACCUAGUAGGAAUGUUCGCUGAAGCAGCUGGAAAUAAAAGAGAACAAGUUCCAUGUGUAGGAGUCUCCGUCGGUGUAGAAAGAGUCUACAGUAUAAUGGAGUCAAAAAGGAAAAAUCAACAAGAAAAAUUAAGAGGGAAAGAAACUGAAGUUUUCGUAUUGGGUUUAGGUGGUGUUCAAUUGGAAAAAAGAAUGGAGAUAGCCACUUUACUCUGGGAUAACGGAAUCAAGACCUCAUUCUCGCCAAAAGUCAACCCCAAAACACCAGCUCAAUGGAAACAAGCAGAUGACGAUGCGAUCCCAUACGUACUCAUUUUAGCCCCAAAAGAAUUGGCAGAAGGUAAAGUCAGAAUCAAAGCUCAAGUCGGAAAAGAUCAGGCUGGAGAAGAUAAAGGUAUCGAAAUUGAUUUGGACAAAGUUGUUGAUUACUUGAAAGAGCAAUUAGGCAGAGCCUGA